AUGUCCACGACAGCCACCCAGCUGCAUCCCGCUGAAGUGGAGCUGACACCCAUCCCUACAUCCCCGUACACGACCAGAUCCAGCAUCAAUGCAGACUCAUUCGGACACUCCGUGUUCCCAGAAGAGCCACAUUCGCCAGACCUGGUCAACGAAACUGCAUCGGACGAUGCUCCUUUUAGCACCGACGCGAUCCCAGAUGGCGGCUACGGUUGGAUGGUCGUCUUUUGCGCUUCAGCAAUAACCUUUUGGAUAGGUAGCACGAUAAACUGUUGGGGCAUUUUGCAGACAGCGCUACUCAAUUCCACGCUAUCGCAUGUGUCCACCUCCACUGUCUCUUUUAUCGGGUCCUUGAACCUUGCAUGCGGCGUGGCUUUUGGACUUCUUUCGACCCGGCUGACUCGAUGGCUAGGCACAAGGUUCACCACGAUGGUGGGGAUAGUCCUCAUGGGUGUGGGGAUGAUCGCUGCCGGGUUCUGCACUGGCAACGUCGCUGGAUUGUUCCUUUGUGUUGGGGUGGUGGCUGGAAUUGGUAUCAACAUUACCUAUACCGUGUGCAAUGUCAUACCGUUGCAGUAUUUCAGUGGUAGACUUGGCCUGGCGAAUGGACUCAUCAAACUGGGCGGAGGCAUAGGAGCAACCGUGAUGGCCAUCGCACUCGAAGCCCUGGUCCGCCGCGUAGGAAUCGAAUGGACGUUUCGAAUCCAAGGAUUCUUGACCAUCGCAACAGGUCUACCUGCUGCGUGGUUCCUGAAAGAGCGAGUACUCAUUCGAAAUGCUCCCUUCAUCGAGCUCUCUAUGUUCCGGAACCUCGCCUUCACAGCAAUGUUCCUCUCUGGCGCUAUUGGAACGGCUUCGCUCUUCGUCGCACCGUUUUACCUACCUUUGUUUGCGCAAUCACUGGGUCUCUCGUCCACUAUCGGUGCCGCCUUGGUGGCUGCAUUCAACGCCUGCAACGCCAUCGGACGAUUUGCCGGAGGCCCUCUUUGUGACAAGAUUGGCCCUACGAACACCUUCGUCAUCAUGAUGUCGCUAAAUGCAGUUAGCAUGUUAGCCAUAUGGCCUGUUUCGAGCACACUGGGACCACUAGCUCUCUUCUCCGUUCUGAAUGGCGUUGCUAAUGGUUCAUACUUUACCGUCUUCCCCACUGUGGUGGCGACUAUCUUCGGUCCUGGAAGAGCGGCUGUGGCCAUGAGCCUGUCGACUACCGGAUGGACCCUAGGGUAUCUGAUGGGCGCCCCCAUCGCCGGGUUUCUGCUCCAAGCCGGCGGAGGGGAACAGAGUGCGCCACGUGGGGACAUUGGCGUAUACCGUCCGGCUAUUUUCUAUGCUGGGGGAAUCGCUUUCCUUUCGAGUCUAUUCGCUCUUGUCGCUCGGGUCUAUCUGGUCAAAACUGUUCAGAAGAGGAAAGUGUGA